AGCGCCGCGCUGUCCCGCCCGGGAUCAGCAAGGGCCGCGCCCCGGCGGGCAGGCGGCAUGGCUGCAGUGCUGGCUCUCAGGGUGGUUGCGGGGUUGGCGGCCGCUGCGCUAGUGGCCAUGCUCUUGGAGCACUACGGCCUGGCCGGUCAGCCCUCGCCGCUGCCCGGCCCCGCGCCCCCGAGAAGGCCGCACCCGGCGCCAGGUCCCGGAGACACCAACAUCUUCUGGGGCCUGCAGAUAUCCGACAUUCACCUGAGCAGGUUUCGAGAUCCAGGCAGAGCGGUAGACUUAGAGAGGUUCUGUUCUGAAACUAUUGACAUCAUUCAACCAGCUCUCGUCCUAGCAACAGGAGACCUGACAGAUGCCAAAACAAAGGAACAACUGGGAUCCAGGCAGCAUGAAGUAGAAUGGCAAACCUACCAGGGUAUUCUGAAGAAGACAAGAGUCAUGGAAAAAACCAAGUGGUUGGAUAUAAAAGGAAAUCAUGAUGCAUUCAAUAUUCCAAGUCUGGACAGCGUCAAGAAUUAUUACAGGAAAUAUUCUGCUGUACGUAGAGAUGGCCCUUUCCAUUAUGUCCACAGUACUCCCUUUGGCAACUAUUCGUUCAUCUCUGUGGAUGCCACCUUAAAUCCAGGGCCUAAGAGACCCUAUAAUUUCUUUGGAAUUUUAGAUAAGAAACAGAUGGAGGAGCUCUUAUUACUGGCCAAAAAAAGUAGUCAAAGCAACCAUACAAUUUGGUUUGGACACUUUACAACAUCCACUAUUCUUUCUCCAUCACCAGGAAUCCGGUCAAUAAUGAGUUCGGCUAUAGCUUAUUUGUGUGGACAUCUCCAUACACUUGGUGGACUCAUGCCUGUUUUGCACACUCGUCACUUCCAGGGCACUUUGGAACUUGAGGUGGGAGACUGGAAGGAUAAUAGAAGGUACCGAAUUUUUGCUUUUGAUCAUGACCUCUUUAGCUUUGCAGAUUUGAUCUUUGGCAAUUGGCCUGUGGUUCUUAUCACCAAUCCUAAGUCACUCCUAUAUUGUUGUGCUAAACAUGAACCACUAGAAAGACUUCUUCACUCAACACACAUCAGAAUUUUGGCCUUUUCCUUAUCCACCAUUACUUCUGUCACAGUUAUGAUUGAUGAAGUUGAUUUAGGCCAGGCUGUUCAUGUGUCUGGUCCCAUUUUCAUACUGAAGUGGAAUCCUAGGAACUACAGUAGUGGGACACAUAACAUAGAGGUAAUCGUCCAGGAAAUCAUUCUUUUGUUUUCUUCCAACUUUGGCCGGAAUCUUUUCAUAAUGGGGACAAAUUCUCCAGCAUACCCAAAGGAUUCUGCUGGAAGAAGUAAGCGUGCUCACCACAUAUUUUCUGUUCAAGAGAAUAAUCAUCUCAGUUUUGAUCCCCUGGCAUCAUUUAUUCUCCGUACUGAUCACUAUAUCAUAGCCCGGGUCCUUUUUGCACUGAUCGUGCUGAUCCAGCUCAUCGUUCUCAUUACCUUUAGAUAUCGAGGAUACCCAGAGCUUAAAGAACCUUCAGGGUUUAUAAAUCUGACCUCAUUUUCUCUUCAUGUCUUGAGCAAAAUAAACAUCUUCUACUAUUCUGUGUUGUUUUUGACCCUAUAUACAGUGCUGGGUCCAUGGUUUUUUGGUGAAAUCACUGAUGGCAAAUUGGGUUGCUGCUUUUCCUUUGGGAUGUUUGUUAAUGGACAUUUCCUACAAGGCAGCGUAACAUUUAUAAUUGGAAUUCUCCAGUUGGCGUUUUUUAACAUCCCCUUGAUGGCUUACAUAUGUUGGAGCUUGCUGCAGCGGUGCUUUGGUCACAACUUCAGGUCUCAUCUCCAUCAAAGAAAAUACUUAAAAAUUAUGCCAGUUCACCUACUUAUGCUGCUGCUGUACAUCUGGCAGGUUUAUUCCUGCUACUUUCUUUAUGCAACAUACGGCACCCUAGCUUUUUUAUUCUCCCCUUUGCGGACUUGGUUGACAUUGUCGACACCUGUUCUCAUUCGUUGUGUGUGGACACUGAACCCCACCAAGCUUGGAAUCUUCAUGGUGCAGUUAAAAAGCCACCUGAACUCCUGAAGGCCAUGUCUCACCACUGGCAGCUGGGCAGAAGCCCAGCCUUUGUGUAUGUAGCCCAGGCUUCCACCCCGGUAGUAGGUGGAAGGCCAGUAUUAGUGGGUGAGUUUAGGGAGCUGCUGCUCCUUGGACUCCUGGAUGUUGGAGGGAUUACCCACUACUGAUAACCUGCAGAGUGGACUGCAGAAAAGUCUCAAAAAUGAUGCUUUUAUUCCUUCCCUCCCCAAGGAGGUAAAGGGUUGAUUUACUAUGGUGAAGAGAAAACCCUCAUCUAGGACACCCACAGGGUAGGGGUUGGGUGUGUGUGUAUGGGAGUAUCUGAGACCCAGUGUGUUUUUUAUGGCUACCCCAUAUAAAGCAUCUACCGCUGUGCUUAGAAUUCAGCAGCUGUCAAAGGCGCAGUUUCAGGGACAGGGAACCUGUGAGGAUCUGGAUCCGACCCCGACUACCUCUGAGAUACGAGUUCCCUGGUCUAUUUUCCCACAGGAUUGCGGGCUCUCUGGUUCCUUAGUCGGAAGUGUUUUCAACUAAUUAUAUAAAUGAAUGAAUGAUGAAUAAUAAAUACCUUGGGCCGGA